UCUCGUUAGCGGACAAAACUGACGACAAGCUGAGUGACACCUUAGCUUCAUUAAAUUAUAUUUAUAAACUAGGUACUACAAGUAACUUUAUUGGUUUUUAGUGAAAAGCGAUCAGUGUUACGUUCGCUACCUGCCUUAUCAGCGUUGAUGUUGUAAAAGGAAGUUAUUUAUCUAAUUGGAGUUUUGUAGCAAACUCUUUUGUGUAUUUAUUUUGGUCUCUUAAGUUCAUAAAACUAUAGCAGAAUGUCGUCCCGCAAGACAGCUGGUCGCCGCGGCACCAACAAGAAGCGUGCCCAGCGUGCCACUUCCAAUGUCUUCGCUAUGUUUGACCAGGCACAGAUUGCCGAGUUCAAAGAAGCCUUCAACAUGAUUGAUCAGAACAGGGAUGGAUUUGUGGACAAAGAUGAUCUGCAUGACAUGUUGGCUUCUCUUGGUAAGAACCCAACUGAAGAUUACUUGGAAGGUAUGAUGAAUGAGGCUCCAGGUCCUAUCAACUUCACCAUGUUCCUGACACUCUUUGGUGAGCGUCUGCAAGGAACAGACCCUGAGGAUGUCAUCAAGAAUGCUUUUGGUUGCUUCGACGAAGAGAACCAAGGUGUGAUCAACGAGGAACGUCUCCGUGAGCUGCUGACCACAAUGGGAGACAGGUUCACAGACGAUGAUGUUGACGAGAUGCUGCGAGAGGCUCCCAUCCGAGAUGGACUCUUCGACUACGUAGAGUUCACACGUAUUCUUAAACAUGGCGCUAAGGACAAGGAUGAGCAAUAAGAUUUUAAAUCUUGAGGUGGGUGUAAACACAUUAGAGAUUGAUUUACUAAUCAUGUAGCCGAUGUAGCGCUUAAUUGGAUAAAUCAACGCAAAUUGAUUUUUGUUACGGAGUGGAUAAAUAUAUAUUUUAUUAGAAGUGUAAUUAAUUUUGGCUGUUUCUUAGCUUGCCUUUGGCUAUUAACCAUAUCCGUGUCGCGCGGCCAAAAGUCACAUUCUUUGCCAAGAAUAAAGUAUGUAGUUUAAAAAUUAAGCUGCCUACAUGGUCAAAGUGUUUUGAGCUAAGAAUAGCCUAAUUAGAUUACUUCUAAUUAUAAUGUGGCAUACAUAUUAAGGUUUCGACCUAAUCAGCAAUAACUAUCAUAUAAUGAUAAGUGUAAACAAUUUGUAACUGGUUGACAAUAUCAAUAUUUUUUUUCUACUUUUGUACUUAAUACCAAGAGCCCCAAUUUUUUGAAACUACAUAUUGUGCAGAUUUAAAAUUUUUUCUCUAAUGUUGUAAAGUCAGAGUAAUGAAGUACUUAUGAGAUAGAUGUGGUUAUAAACAAUGAUAUUGCUAUUAUUCCUUGUCCUCUGACUGAAUUUACCCGCCUUCAAAGACGCCAUUUUGAUAAUUGUAUUGCCAAACUAAAAAAUUGGUUAGAAACAGUAGGUUUUUAAGUUAGGAUUCAUAUGGAUUUCAGGAUAAUCUCUUAAAGAUACUGAGGUGCUAAAUAUACCCUAGUUCUUACGUAUAUCGCAUUUCCAUUUCGCAUUUUUUAAAAUUAAUUUUGUAAUUCCAUAAUAUUGGACCAUUUGUUAGCUUAAGUUUGGCCUGUGUAUUUUAUUCUCUUCAUGUAGUAGUAGUUAAUUGAUUUCUGUUUCUGGCAACAUUGUUAUUAGAGGACAAUAAACAGCGUUCUGAUAAGUAAAUUUUGUGUUUAUAGACUGAUUGAUUAAAACGAAUUGUGCAAUGAACAUAAAUUAAGCCCUAGAGCGAAGGACUGUAUCAUGAUUGGCAUUUUUUAAAAUUAAAAGUAAUGUGUAAUAAUGAAUACUUACCAAUACCUACUUUGUUAUAUGACAUCAGUUUUCUACGCAUUCUGUACACAGCGAAUAUCAGUGUUGCCAUUCAUUUAAUUGGUGAAGUAUUAAUUCUAACAUUCCUUCAAUUAGAAACUAACACAUCUGUCAAAAAUGAAGUUUUUUAAGUUGAAAUGACAAAUCUUUUUGUUUUUAAAUUAUGAAAUUUUUAAUUUUAGGUUUCAAAUUAACUUAAAGUAUUAACAUAGUGUGUGUAUAAGUUGUGUAAUCAUGUAUGUAUGUAUUUGUUUUCAUUUAUUUACAUUAUAAAAUUUUAUUAUCUCUCA